AAUCUUGUUGGAAGGCUCGAAUAACAAAGGUUGUUCACAGACAUUCUAUAAACUUGGUUCAGUGUUGAAAAAUCAUUCCUUCAGUGGAUCGGUUAUAGCAAUCACCUGCACUUGCAGCAAGUUUUCGGACGUAGAUUCAUGAUGAAAUAUCUCUGUGAAGUUCUUCUCUUCUGUUUUUUCCUGACGGCACUUUCGAACGCGACAAAACUGUCGUCUAAACCGGCAAGAACCGAUAACGAUACGAAACAUCGUCCACAUUGUAGUAUCAAUAACAACUAUUUCUACGCUGGUCAGAACUCCAGGAAAAUAGAAAAUAUGUUUUCUGACAUUCAACAACAACUGACCAAACUUGAACAAGAAAUCCGAAACAUGAAGAACCAAACUUGUGAGAAGCAAGAUGGGAAAGCUGUUUAUAAGAACUGUGCCGAAGUUUAUAGGUCAGGCGACAAGAUCAGUGGUGUAUACAAAAUCGAUCCUGAUGGUUUGGGAGAAUUUGAAGUCUUCUGUGAUCAGACAACAGCCGGUGGAGGAUGGACGGUGUUUCAAAAGAGAUAUAACGGUGCAGUAGAUUUUUUCCGCGCUUGGGAUGACUACAAACGGGGCUUCGGCAAUCUGAACGGCGAGUUUUGGCUCGGACUGGACAAAAUGCACCGCCUGACUGCGAGCAGCCGCAACAAGCUUCGUGUUGACUUGGAAGAUAUCCACGGUAACACAGCGUUUGCAGAGUACGGUUCAUUUUCUGUGGCAAGCGAAAGGGUGAAAUACCUGCUGAAAGUAUUUUAUUUUUAUGGCUUCGUCAGCGGUUUUAACUUUGAUUAA